AUGACUUUGCCGGACAAUAUCACAUACUUUGCUAUAACAAGUGGGGCACUGUUAACCCUUGGUUUAUACACACCCUAUUCUUCUGUUUAUCACACAGGUGAUACGAUGAAUUUACGUCAGCUGGCGGUUGACUGGCUUUCCAUGGUCUAUCUACUCGCCUAUAUUCCCCUCAUCGUUCCAGUCACAUGGCUUCAGGAUCGUUACGGACUACGAGCCUCGGUCACAGCGGCUGCAUUCGUGAACGCGAUAGGUGGUUGGUUAAAGUGUGUAGCUGUGUACUUGGCUGCUGAUCCCGAGAAGCUCGAAGGAUCAACACCAAGUGUCGCCGAGUUGUCCGGCUUCCCCGUCCUAAUGCUUUCCCAAACAUUGGAUGCCAUUGCUCAGGUAUUUAUUCUCGGCGUCCCGGCCCAACUCGCAGCCACUUGGUUUGGAGACCGAGAGGUUAGCACUGCUACAUCGAUUGGUGUGCUUGCCAAUCAGCUUGGUGCAGCCAUUGGUUUCGCGAUACCCACAGAGGUCGUUCCUUCCGUCAUUGCAGACGGCGUUCCAGGAGCGGAUCCGAACCCCAUGGUGGACUUCGACACCGUUCGUCAGAGGAUGAUGUACCUAUUGAUUGUAGGUGCAGCUGUGAACAGCCUGCCUCCAAUCGCCGCGCUUAUUUUCUUCAAAGAGGAACCACCAAAACCACCGACCUAUUCUCAGUACGUUCGAAGACUUGCCAAAGUCCAAGCCCGAGUCGGACAGUCCAAAAGCCUACCUAGUCAAUCUGCUCUACAACCGGUGGAAACUGGAGACCUGAUGACCUCGCUCGAUCAGGGAUAUUCUACCAUGACGACGGUGGUGGAGAAUACCUUCUACGAGAACGAGAAGUCUGAAGUAGUGGAAAAGGAUGAGAAACAAGUGGACGACGAAGUGGAAUCCCAUCGCACUUUGAAGUCGACGGGUGCCAACAAAUCCGGAUACAAACAACAGCUGCUUAGUGUCCUGAAAAAUGUGAACUUUAUGCUGCUACUGGUUUCCUACGGAAUCAAUACUGGCAUUUACUAUGCUGUGGGCACACUACUGAACCCGAUACUCGCGCAGUAUUUUGGGGGUAAUCCAAAUAUUGGUUGGAUCGGGUUCACAAUGAUCGUUGCGGGAAUCCUCGGGUCUGUUCUUGCUGGAAUCUGUUUGGACAAAACGAAGAAAUACAGACUGGUCAUAUUGAUCACUUAUGCAAUCGCGUUGGUUUGGAUGUGCGGAUUCACAGGAUUACUUCUUCUGGAACGAAUCGACGUUGCGUUCGUGGCCUCAUUCUUUCUUGGACUCGCAAUGACCGGCUUUCUACCAAUCGGCUUCGAAUUUGCCGCCGAACUCACAUAUCCUGCCGAUGAAGGACUUACAUCCGGUCUGCUUAAUGCAUCCGCUCAGGUUUUUGGGAUCAUAUUCAUUACUUCCGCAAGCAGUAUGGUGGGUCUGUAUGACGUCAAAUAUACCAACACUUAUUUCACCGUCCUACUGGCCGUUGGUUUCCUUCUACUGUUGUUCGUCAAAGAAGAUCUCCGUCGGUUGACUACGCAACGUGCAAUGCAUGCUGAAUGCAUCACGAGAGCAAACGAAGAGCUCUCUAGCAGUCCAAUUUGA